AUGUGGAUUUUAAAUAGUAUGAUCGUUAUUGCAAUUGCAUUAUUUAUGCAAUUGCAUAAUGUACAUGCUCAAAGUGCAUGUACACCCGCAGCAUUAGCAACUUGUGCUCCAUAUACAUGUGUUCAAACGGAGAAUAUUUUUUCGUGUCUUUGUUCAACCAUGCAAUUGGCACAAAGUGCAGCAGAAUGUAAUAGUAUUAAUCCUGUUGUAACAACACAACCUCCAGUUGUUAUUCCAAAUCAAUGUACAAAUGCUGUAUGUCCUGCUGGUGCUACAUGUGUACCAACAAAUCAAAAUCCAGCACUUUAUAUAUGCGUUUGUCCAAAUAAUAUUAUUGCUAAUCCUGAUUGUCCAAUAAAUCCACCACCGUCUAAUCAAUGUGUUUUAAACAAUCCGUGUAGAAAUGGAGGAACUUGUGUUAUUAAUCAACUCACACUUCAAGCUGUUUGCAUUUGUCCACCAAAUACUUAUGGUCAAAAUUGUGCAACUCCUUGUCGUCCAAUGUGUGAUAAUAGCUGGUGUUACAAUGGCGGUAGAUGUGCUAAUGUAUAUGGUCAAGCUUAUUGUAUGUGUCCAUACAAUUAUCGUGGUCGACGUUGCGAACUUCGAUAUAGUGCCUAUAACUAUGUCUAUUUAUAUUAUUAUCCUUAUCAUUAUGGUAAAUAA